AUGCACGCCAAGCCCCUCUCUCUCCUCUUUCUAUCUUCCCUUCCCUCCUUGGCUGCUACCGAAGAUGUCCUUGGCCUUUACGUCUUCCACCGUCACGGUGAUCGCACUGCCAAGGCCUGGAAGCCCGUAAACUUCACAGCUCUCGGAGCCGACGAGGUUCACUCUUCCGGUUCUUGGUAUCGCGAUACUUAUGUGAGCAAGGAUGCUUCACGAAAGAUCACCGGCCUCAGCCCCGAGUCAGCCGUCUUGUCUCAGCUAGAUGUUACUUCCCCCGUCGAUGCUGUGCUUCAGAACUCUGCUCUUGUAUUCUUGCAGGGACUUUACCCUCCCACUAAGCAGUUUGAGACUCUUGCCAAUGGAUCCAAGGUUGAGGCUCCUUUGAGCGGAUAUCAGUACAUUCCCAUUGCUUCAGUAGAGACUGCAGCCAGCGACAAGAACUCUGAGAACAGUGCCUGGCUUCAGGGCAACAGUGGUUGCACCAACGCGGAGGCCAGCUCGAAUGAUUACUUCUCCUCCUCCGAGUACGCUGGAGUAUACAAGGACUCUGAAAGCUUUUAUCAGGGCCUUCUGCCUGUCAUCAAUGGGACAUACGGCAAGGAUGAGGCCAACUUCCAGAAUGCCUAUACCAUCUUUGAUCUCAUCAAUGUUGCUCGCAUUCACAAUUCUAGCAUCUCUUCUGAUGAUCUGCUCGAUGAGCCCACCCUGGAAAAGCUCUACAAUCUCGCUUCUAUCCAUGAGUGGAACCUCGCUUACAACAGCAGCGAGCCUGUCCGUGCCAUUGCUGGCUCUGUGCUCGCUGGCCAGAUCAUUGAGGCUCUUGAGCCCCUUGCAGAGGGUAAGAAGGGACCCAAGGUCAACAUUCAGUUCGGUGCCUACGCCGCCUUCAUGUCUUUCUUUGGUCUUGCUGGCCUCGACAAGGUCAGCUCUGACUUCAAGGGAGUCGUCGACUAUGCCUCAUCUAUGGCUUUUGAGCUCGUAACCAACGCCACCAACCCUACUGCCGACGACGUCAGUGUCCGCUUCUACUUUGCCAACGGCACUGCUGCUCAACACACCCCGAAGAUGUUCCCUCUCUUCGGCAAGGAUGAGACCACCAUCUCCUGGAAGGACUUCAAGACUGGCAUGUCUGACUUUGCCAUCGAGGACACCAAGCACUGGUGCAAGCUCUGCGGAAACAACGACGGCAACUGUGCUAGUAGCUCGGAUGAUGCCUCUACUUCGCCCCAAUCAAGCUCUGGCGGCUCUGGCAACGGUGUUUCGAAGCCGGUUGCUGGCGUCAUUGGCGCCCUUGUUACCCUCAUUGUCAUUUUGGGUGUCCAGGCUGCCUUUAUUCUGCUUGGCGGCCUGCGUCUUGUCAAGAAGUCGACGCUUGCAGCUGCUGGCGCAUCUCAGGCCGGAGCGGUCAAGGCGUGA